AGAACGUAAAACAAUAACUAACCUCAUUAAUGUGUCACUUUGACAGUUAAUUCGCGAAUUUUGAAUGAAAAAAUAUUUUGACUUUGAUAAGGUGGAAAGGAGGAUGAAGAAGUACCAUUGAUAUUCUUAAUUGCAAGAAGAAUAAGGAAUUAAGGUUAAUUGACCACACAUUAAACAUGAGUUCAAGCAACAAACGUACUAUAUAUGUGGGAGGCUUGGCAGAAGAAGUAAAUGAACAAGUUUUGAAUGCUGCCUUCAUACCAUUUGGUGAUAUUGUUGACAUUCAAAUUCCGUUGGAUUAUGAAUCUGAAAAGCACAGGGGUUUUUCUUUCAUUGAAUUUGAAAAUGCUGAAGAUGCAGCUGCUGCUAUUGACAACAUGAACGAUUCAGAACUAUUUGGAAGAACUAUAAGGGUAAAUUUAGCUAAACCUCAAAGGAUAAAAGAAGGUUCUACUAGGCCUGUGUGGUCUGAAGACACGUGGCUUCAGCAGCAUGCAGGUGAAACUAUUGGAAAAAAAGUUGAUGAUGACUUGGACACUAGAGAAGAGGCAGAAGUAGAACCCACGGCUAAGCCGGAAACUAAAAAGGUGAAAAAUCCUCAGGUGUAUUUUGAUAUCAAAAUUGGAAAAACUGAAGUAGGAAGAAUAACUAUGAUGUUACGCGCUGACAUCGUUCCAAAAACAGCUGAAAAUUUCAGGUGCUUGUGCACUCAUGAAAAAGGUUAUGGUUUCCAAGGAAGCAGUUUCCACCGAAUUAUUCCCGAUUUUAUGUGUCAGGGUGGUGAUUUUACAAAUCACAAUGGUACUGGUGGAAAGUCAAUAUACGGAAGAAAAUUUGAUGAUGAAAAUUUUCAGUUGAAGCAUGUAAGUCCGGGGACACUUUCUAUGGCCAAUUCUGGACCAAACACAAAUGGAUCUCAGUUUUUUAUAUGUACAGCAAAAACUGAAUGGUUGGAUGGUAAACAUGUAGUAUUUGGACAUGUAAUCAGUGGAAUGGAUGUAGUCAAGAGAAUGGAGAGAUGUGGCUCAAAAGGUGGGAAACCAUCAGAAAAAGUGACUAUAGCAAGUUGUGGUGAAGUUCAAUAACUUAUUUGCAGAUAUGAAAUAAACAACUAUAUAAUUUA